AUGCGCAGCGGUGAUCGCAUGAAGGGCGCGCAGGAGAGCGCGGCACAGGAAGUGAGCGGGGAGCAGGGCGCGGAAGUGGACGAAGAGGACCCAGGGCUGCAGGUCGAGGGCGCGGAUGAGGGAGAUGGCGACGAGGACCAGGCAGCGGGAAUCGACGCGGCCGAACCCGCUCAGGCGGACGAGAACGCUGGCGCGAGCCAGGCGGAGGAAUCCCACGGGCGAAACGCCAGACGUGGGAACGAGCAGCGCGCCGAGGGCUCGCUUCGGCAGGAGCGAGUGGCCCAGGACGAGAGUGGGCGCGAUGAACGGACGCAGAGACAGCGUCGGAGGACAGGCGAGGAGAGCAGGGAGGUUGGAGCGGCGGCGGCGUGCGUUCCCCGGAGCGGCAGCAGGCGCGCGGGGGCAGAUGGAAGGAUGAGCCACGCUCUCCCUAGCCGCAUGGGCGUCAAGGAAAGAGGGAAGAGACGGAGCUCUGGUCCCAGGGGCGGAGCGGUCGGCAGCAAUGGGAGCGCGGCAGCGUGGUGCGCGCACCAGAUUGGCCAAGGCAGGGAGAGAGGAGGAACCGCAGCGGGUCCCGCUCGCCAGACGAACGCCGCCAGCGGGGGGAGAAGGAGGAAGGAGAAAGGCAUUCGCCUGAGCGCCGCCAGCACCGCAGCAGAAGGCGAUGCACCUGGUCACCUUUGCCAGAGAGACGGCGGCACCGCGAGACGAGCAACGGGGAAGGGCGGAGGAUGCACGACCCGCCAAUGCGGCAGUGGGCUCGGGCAGAGGAGUGGGGAGGGCCGAGGGAAAGGCACCGCGAGGCGGAAUGGAGUCGGCAGGAGGGCGGGAGCUUAG